AGAAUUAUAUUUAGUCGGUGAAGCAAUUGGGAUACAUAGCUAACAAUUUUUUUUUCCUUUUUCGUAGAAAAAAAAAAGGUUAAAAAAAAAAAAAAGCGAAGCCCUAAUUUCGAAGAAAAAUCAAAGCUUAUUAUCGAUCACCAUAUAAAUCGCAGGUAAGCAUUGCUUGUGAGCUUUCGGGUGGUAGCUGAACCAGUAGUGAUAUUGUCUUAGAUUUAUGGUUGAAUGGCUGUUACCUCUGAAGUAGUUACUCAAGAUAACCCAACCGACAGAUUUCCUCUGCUCAUGGAGCAAGCAGAAAGUCAUGAGAGGAAUGAACAUGUUAUUGAUGUAGAACAGGGAGGUGGUCCCUCAUCAUCAAGUUCUUCUGGUAAUGAUUCUCCUCGUGACUUUGAAAUGUCCAACGACGAAAAUAGACCAUCAAGUCGAAAUUCCUCAUCUUCUUCAUCCAAUGAAUCAAAUUCGCGGAGCCCUUCUACCGCUAGGAGAGGUGAAGGUUCUGAUCGUCGCUGGAGCCCAUUUAAUACCCUUUUGUGGCUUUCCAUUGAGCUAAUUUUCACCUUAGGACAGAUCGUUGCAGCCAUUGUUGUUUUAUCCUUGUCAAGGGAGGAAAACCCAGAAACCCCACUAUUUGCUUGGAUUGUGGGUUAUGCAACUGGAUGUGCAGCAAGCCUUCCUUUACUUUAUUGGCGUUAUCUUCUACGUUACCAAGCCACCGAUCAGAGAUCAGCUCAACUACGUCAAGGUUCCCCGCAAGUCAAUUCCACUGCAGAGCCAAAUUCUUAUAUUACUAUCUCAUUAACUCGCUCAGAUGAGGAGAAUGGUAAUAGGAACACACCUACAGACAUUUGGACCAGGCAAAGCAAUGCAAGACUUGGUUCACUGGUGGAUCAUUUCAAGAUGGCCUUGGAUUGCUUCUUCGCAGUAUGGUUUGUCGUUGGCAAUGUUUGGAUCUUCGGGGGGCACUCAUCUUCUUCUGAGGCUCCCAAUUUGUACAGAUUAUGUAUAGCUUUUCUUACCAUUAGUUGCAUUGGAUAUGCUAUGCCUUUCAUCUUGUGUGCAAUGAUAUGCUGCUGUCUGCCUUGUAUUAUUUCAAUCCUUGGUGUCCGUGAGAAUAUGCAUGGAGUGAGAGGGGCCACGGAAGAGUCUAUCAAUGCUCUUCCCACACUUAAGUACAGGGUCAAGACAGAUGGAAAUGGGAGCAAUGAAAGCAAAAGUCCAGGAGGGGAGGAAGGUGGUUGUUUAGUCGCAGGCACUGAGAAGGAACGUGCCAUCUCAGGGGAAGAUGCGGUAUGUUGUAUUUGCUUAGCAAAGUACGAGGACAACGACGAGCUGAGGGAAUUGCCUUGCUCGCAUUUCUUUCAUACCCAGUGUGUAGAUAAAUGGCUGAAGAUUAAUGCGUCUUGCCCCCUCUGCAAAUCUGAAAUAGACGUCAAGAAUACAGAUGUACCUUCUGUAGAAGAGGAACCCCUUCGACAAUCCUAAGGUAAUGUGGGUACCAACUUCUUAUUGUUGAAACAGAGAUCAUUGCGGCUAAGCUUGUUGCAUGGGUGCCAGGAGAGUAUUAUCGCAGUCUUCUGCUUCUGCUGUUUUUCUCAUUGGAAUUUCAGUUUGUAUAGUUGUAGUUCAUGUCAAGAAUCGAUAACAGGCUUGAAAGAAAAGGUAAUUCCAUUGUUGAUAUCAAGGCUGAAAAGCUCUACAAAGAUGUUUGCCAGAUUGUCUGGUUGAACUCAUUACCUUCCAGAAACUUAACUCAUCCUGCUACUUUUGGGAGGAAUCUUCUCCUUGUAAGAGUAUUUCUCCAUCAGUGUAAGAUACCCUUCUUGAAUAUUCUUACACCUCUUUCAUGCCUCA